AUGGAGAUCUUGAGGAACGCUGUGGCUGGUCGGCAGCUCCCAGAAACUUGGAAGUUGAUGGCCAGCCGUUGAAGUAAGACAAAUUCCCAAAAGCGCUGCUAGUCACAGUAAAACCCUCUCGCAGGAAGGCCUUGGAACAAAUUCCCAGUCAUUGUGCGCCACGAAGAGCGGUAAGGCGCAUGCUAGGGGAUUCGGACAUCCGAAAGCCACAUCACCAACCUCGCAGGAUUCAAAGCCAUCUUCAACAUCUCAACAUCCAGAAGGAUCAAUAGCGAUAGAUCUCAGCCAUGCGCACCCCCAGACUCGCAGCCCUGGGUGCAGCCCUCGCAAGUGCUGCCAAAGCCUUCACCCCGCUCAACAUCACGGCGCUCUCAACACGCGACGGCUACUCCGUCAUCGAAUGCUGGCAACUCACCUCCGUCCCCGUCGAAGCCCGCGCGGCUCUCAACUACGCCCUCGGCGGCGAUCUCACGCGCGCAGAGUGGUCCAUCAUACAGCCCAGAACGACGGUCGGAGAGGCGUGGGCGCCGGCUGUGCAGCUGACAGUCGUCCUCAACGGCCUCAUCCGCAUCACAUCGCCAGCACCGCCAAGGAACGCGUCGCAGGCCACACCGUCGCCCUCGUCGCCCGGAAGCAUUAGCAGCAGUAGCGACGACGCAUCAGCAGCAGCACCUCCCGCGCAGACGACGGCGUACAUCCAGCCGGGCACGGUAUCCUCGUCGCUCGUCAUCGCGGCAGACUUGAAGAACGCGAGCGUGCAUGCGGGGCACUUUACCGAGUUUCCCGGCGACGAGCCGACGGUGCUGGUGCAGGUGCCGUUUGCCGGGAACGGGGCGCCGGAGCAUGUUGUCGUGGGAGAGGGGCCGUGUGGAAGGGGGAGUUGGGGCGCUGCGAUGGGCGUUGGCAUCUGACUGUUGACUACAGGAAGAAUGGGCUUGUCUUGCUUGUGAUGAUGGCGAUAGCUAGUGUCGUUACCUAAUUACUUACUUAUGACCUGUAUGCAGCUUAUGAUCCGUUCCGAGG